CCUGAUUAGUGCAGAGAAUCGUUCAUCUUAAGUUUCUCUAUCUCAAGCCUUUACUCUCUGUCCCAAAAAAACAAAAAAACAAUCAGUGCCAACCAAUUAGUACUACUUUGGCAACAGUUUUCCCUCAUUAUAUCACCACCUUCUCUCUCUGUGCAAACCUACCUACAUAUUCUCUAAACCACAUAUUCUUCAUUUCAUUAUCCAAAAGAUGAAAAGAAUGGACAUCUUCUGUGCUUCACAAGCAUCCACAGCAAUAUGUCUUAGCAUGGAACAAGCUUCAUGUUCCUCUUCCAAUGCCAUUCAGCUUGGAGGAAGAGUCAUCGAUCGCCACAACCCUAUUAUCAAUGAUUCAAGAAGAAGCACUUCAAGAAAUAUCACUGCUCCAUGUUCUUCUUCUCAGCCACCCAUUGACCCGAAGAAGAAAAGCUCGAACUUUUCUUCCUCAAAGCCAAAUGGAAGUAAAGUUUAUGAGCAGAAGAAGAAAAAAAGUACAGAAGAAAAUGUCAAUAACAGUUCUAAGCCAGUUAUUUCCAUUCUGAAAAAGAGAUUGGUUAAGUUACCUGCUGAUUCAAAUUCAUUCACUCCACAUGGUUCAACUAGAUCCUUGCUCAGUGACAAAGCUAGUUUAGAUGGUUCUUCAGAUUAUAGUCCUGUUUUGGCAUUGAGUAAGGUUGUUAACAAAAACGAUAAAGUUUUUGGUGGUGAAGUUGAACCCAAUCCUGCAUCUAAACCUGAUCAGGUUGUUGUACUAAGGGUUUCUUUGCAUUGCAAAGCGUGUGAAGGGAAGCUAAGAAAACACAUCUCUAAAAUGCAAGGAGUUAGUUCAUUCAACAUAGAUUUUGCUGCAAAGAAGGUUACAGUAGUUGGGAAUGUGACUCCAUCGAGUGUGUUGGAAAGCAUAUCAAAGGUGAAGAAUGCACAAUUUUGGCCAACAAUUGGAUCUGAAAUCAAUGAAGCAAAAUACAUCUAUUAAUAUUUAUUGGCAUUGAUGUAUGCUUUAAUGCAAUCAAUGUAAAAUUUGAAUAAUGCAGAUGUUAGCAAGAGGUGGUAGGGUUAAAAUCAUAAAAUAAAAUAGUAUUUUGUUCUUGAAAAAAACAAGCUCCUGUGACCAGUGAUAAGAGGUUUAUUUUUCGAGGUGAGACGACAAAAUAGCACGAUAAUGGCGUUUUUUUGGCAGUAUAUGUAUAUUAUUAUCGGUACAAAAUAGUGACAGUAGAAAUGGUGGAUUAUAUAGUAACUAGUAAGUACUUUUAUGGAGGCAUGUGGCACACUGUAUAAUGUAUUAGUGUUGUCUCAUCUUAUCUUCAAAGAGAACGAAAAGUAAGGAGCGUCGUGUCCUAGUUUUUUUUUCUAA